CUUCACUAACUGUUUCGCUGAUAUACAUACCAAAACGUUAUCACAUAUAUCUUGUAUAGAUAGUAUUAUUAUAAUCAUAGCACUCACAAUUCCACAGAUUCCUACUGCAMAGUAUAGUGCUGGCAGGACAUGGGCCCCCGCCGAUUAUUGGAUUUAACAUUUUCGUCAUCGACUCCACUGGAGACGAGUGGUGAUCGGACCACGCUGGGUUCACGUCGGCCGUGAAAUAACCGUGGUGCGCGAGCCGAGUAAAUCGAAUUUGCAGAUCGCUGGCUCGUGUACGUGCGGGGCGCGGUCGGCGAGACCGAACUGCAGCGCAUCUGUCGCGCGCGAAAACAUUAUUCCGUUAAGCGGAUAAUGAAAUGAAAUAAAAUAGAAAUAAAAAAAAAAAUGCCCCGUCGUAUACACACAGGAAGAGGAGACGACGAGGACGUGGAGUCGGUGGAUGCGGGGGCGAAGGGAUAAACUCGCACUGUAUAAUAUAACAUGAGAGGAACGGUGCUGGUCGAACUGUUGCUGCUGGGCAUCGCCGUCGGGUUCCAACGGGGUCCACACCAUCCGAGGGCCGCCGUGUCUGGUGAACCGAGAAUCGUGAACCACCACCACGAGCACCAACACCCCAAGCCCAUGGGCGACACCAAGUUCACUCAAGACAAACCGAUACUACAUGACAAGAGACAUAUUGAAGAGGAUCUUGGACUUCCCGACAUAGAUGAAACUAAUUUAACAGAUGAAGAAUUAGAAUUUAGAUAUUUCAUUGCUCAUGACUAUGAUAAAAACACAAUGCUUGAUGGAUUAGAAUUAAUGUCAGCRUUUGCUCAUAACAUGGACAAUUAUGGAGAUACAGAACCAAAAAUAUCAAAUUUAGAAAAUUAUACAGAUUUAGUUGAUCAAAUACUAUAUGAUGAUGAUACAAACUAUGAUGGAUUUCUCAGCUACAGUGAAUAUGUGAUUGCCAAGAAUAAGCAUUUACAAAAUGUAUAAAAUAUCAUAAUAUAUUACUUUUAUUAAAUGCAUUGUUAAUUAUAAGUUAAGUAUUAUUUCUAACAAAAAUUUUAAUAUAUAUGUCUAAGUAGUUUCUUUCAAAAAACUAGUUAGGUKUUGUCAUAAUAUUUUUUGAUGUGAUUAAUAAUCCUCGUUCCCAUAAAUCAUUUACAAGCUGCAUAACCUGCAACAAAUUUGUAUACAUAAGUAUUGUAUACYUUUAAA